AUGAGCGGCCAGGUGACCAUCGGCACGCCGGCGGCGACGGCCUCCAGGCACGAGUUCCACCCGCAGUGGGUCAUGAAGGCCCCCACGGCAGCGUGGCCCAGGAUGAGAUUCUGUGGCGCCCACCCGGUGAUCAGUAUUCCCCGGCUCUCUUUGCCGCCGGCCGUCACCUUCUCCAGAAGCCCCCCCUCCGGUGGGCUCUUCAGCACCCAUAUGAAGGGGCACUCCAUCGUCUCUAGAGCCGCGCCGAUCUCCCCCAGCUGGGCACCGGAGAGCUGGGCCAUGGAGCCGAAGCAGAUGUACACCACGGAACCGGGUUUCUUCCCGUCGAGCCAUCUCAGGGAGCCGCCGGCGUCUUCUCCGGCAUCCCGGGCGGCGGUGGCGGCGACGUCGGAGAGGAGCGACAACGGGCCGAUGGGCCAGACGCUCUUCUUCCCCUGGACUUGGGGGGUGGUGUCGAAGUACUCUGCCUCCAGCUCGUAG